CUCCAUGCUUUGCUUUUAUGUUGCACGUUCGCAUAUGCGAGCCACCGUUCCCUCUGCGUGGCGUGUUUUCAUCGUCGCGAAAUCAAACGGUGUUUUUCCACUUUACGUUUGAUACGAGUGCAACGACGGGACGAUGCCACCUCUACCACGAUCAUUGUGCGACGAAUACCAACCGAUGUGAAACCCGUUCGCGGAUAAUCGAGACGUGUGCGCGUGUUUUGCGUGCCUGCCUGUGUGAUCCGUGGUCGUUUCGACUCGAUAAACCUGUCGGGUGCAUCGCAAACAAACCGCGACAGUAAUCCGCGUUCAAAGAGAAUGCUCGCGAUAGCUCACGAUUAAACGUUCGCCAUUUCCCCGUGAACCAUUCAUCCGGGUAUCGCCGCGAGGAGGAUGUAGUCGCGCGCGAUAUGAAUCGACGACAGACGAAGACGAUCCUCCAGAGAGCGCGACUUCUUUUUCCCCGCACCCUAAACAGCGAAAAGGAUUGAAUCGAGGGAAUAGUAGAUCGAUCGAGCUUGGUCCCGACCUUGAUGACCUAAAAACCGGCUCUCGGCUCGGCGGAAUCGAUUCGUCAGGAUGACGGUACUCGGAGGCUGAGGACACCGUUCGUGCAAGGUCGCGGAAUCCGUCCGGAGAAACUCUCGUACAUCGAAUCGUCCAGAGAAACGCGUACAUCGGGUCGAAGGGAAACUAGAGGUCGAGAAGUGAAGGGGGAGGUUCGUUAAUUGCUCAAAAAUGCGCUCCGAUAAUUGAGCGUUAUUCGUCAUCGCAAUAGUGACAGAGGAGAAGACGGAUCUGGGUGAUAAGAAGAGAUUGGAAAAGAAAGCGAAUGGUAGCCGAGAAAGGGAAGAUGACGGGCAGCCGUAACAGGGAACUGAAUCCGGAAGCGGCUGCACGAGGCGAUGGAGGCAAGCACACUGUCCACUGGUUCCGGAAGGGUCUCAGGCUGCACGACAAUCCGUCCUUUAGGGAAAGCCUGGCUGGAGCCAUCACCUUUCGGUGCGUGUUUGUCUUGGACCCGUGGUUCGCUGGGAGCACCAACGUGGGCAUCAAUAAGUGGAGGUUCCUGCUGCAGUGUCUAGAGGACCUCGACUGUUCCCUGAGGAAACUGAACUCGCGACUGUUCGUGAUAAGGGGCCAGCCGGCAGAGGCCCUCCCCAAACUGUUCAAAGAAUGGGGCACGACGAACUUGACGUUUGAGGAGGAUCCGGAGCCGUUCGGCCGCGUCCGGGACCAUAACAUCUCGACACUCUGUAAGGAGCUUGGUAUCUCGGUGGUCCAAAGGGUCUCGCACACUCUCUACAAGUUGGACGAGAUCAUCGAGAAGAACGGCGGUAAGCCCCCGUUGACGUACCAUCAAUUUCAAAACGUGGUAGCUAGCAUGGAACCGCCGGAACCGCCAGUGCCGACGGUCACUUCCGCCUGCGUAGGCUCGGCCUACACCCCUCUGAAGGACGACCACGACGACCACUACGGCGUUCCGACUCUCGAGGAACUUGGCUUCGACACCGAAGGGCUUCGACCCCCUGUGUGGGUGGGGGGCGAGAGCGAAGCCUUGGCACGGCUGGGUCGUCACCUCGAGAGGAAGGCUUGGGUGGCUAGUUUCGGCAGGCCGAAAAUGACUCCGCAAUCCUUGUUGCCCAGUCAAACGGGUCUCUCGCCCUACUUACGCUUCGGAUGCUUGAGCACCAGGCUCUUUUAUUACCAGCUCACCGAUCUCUACAAGAAGAUAAAGAAAGCAGUGCCGCCGCUGUCGUUGCACGGGCAGCUGUUGUGGCGCGAGUUCUUCUACUGCGCCGCCACGAAGAAUCCGAAGUUCGACAGGAUGCAGGGCAACCCAAUUUGCGUGCAGAUACCCUGGGACAAGAACGUCGAGGCACUCGCCAAGUGGGCUAACGGCCAAACGGGAUUUCCGUGGGUCGACGCGAUCAUGACUCAACUGAGGGAGGAGGGAUGGAUCCAUCACUUGGCCAGACACGCCGUCGCUUGUUUCUUGACCAGAGGCGACCUUUGGAUCUCAUGGGAGGAAGGGAUGAAGGUGUUCGACGAGCUCCUGCUGGACGCUGACUGGUCCGUCAACGCAGGGAUGUGGAUGUGGUUAUCGUGCAGCUCCUUCUUCCAGCAAUUCUUCCACUGUUACUGUCCGGUGAGAUUCGGCAGAAAGGCCGAUCCCAAUGGCGACUACAUCAGACGAUACCUGCCCGUUUUGAAGAAUUUCCCUUCGAGGUUCAUCCACGAGCCCUGGAACGCACCCCUGAGCGUCCAGCGCGCUGCAAAGUGCAUCAUCGGCCAGGACUACUCGUUGCCUAUGGUAAAUCACAGCAGGAGCUCCAGGAUCAACAUCGAGAGGAUGAAGCAAGUCUAUCAGCAGCUCAACAAGUAUCGCGGAAACGGGGCAUCCCUCAAGGGAGAGACAGUUGGCUUGUUGAACGCGUUACCUCCGCCGCCAGUGAAGGAAAAAGCCGAGGAGGAAGCGAAGCAGAAGCCACCGUCACCGUCUCCCGAGACCCAGCCGAAAAUGGAGGUACUCGAUCCGACGACGCAGCAUCAGCACCAAUAGCGACAGCUGCACCGACGUGGCGUCGAUAACGCGACCUCAGCAAACGAACUGUCGAUCCUUCACCGCCUAAUUUAUACGAUUAUUUAUUUGCAUUUUCUCCGAAUAUCUCACGAUUCUCCGGCACGGAUGGUUCGAAAUUCUUAUCUACGCGAAAAAGAGAUAAACAAUUGUUCGGAGAGUAACCUCUCGUCAAGAUGGGCCCCGUUUGAAUCCAUCAUGGAAUUCAUUAUGGCAGUUAGACGUCCUACAUAGUCGAGACGAAUGGUCCCGGAAAGUAUUUUUCAACGAACGCGAAACUUUCGUGAAAUUCGACGUUGAUCGCACGUUCCAUUCCCCAAAGUACAAUUUGUUACAACGUCCACGUUCACGGUAAAAAGAGUAGCGGUGACGCGCACUUUAUAUUCUUAUCGCUGUACAUAAAACACGUGCGUCAUAAAUAGAUUUUUCAUGUAAGCCUGAACCAUUAUUUUUAACCCUUUAACGCUGUAACUAUAGGUACGAAGGGAUUAAUAGUCUUCGAUAGAAGGAUGGGUUAUUCACUUACCUCGAAGAAGAGUCCCGUCGUCUUCUCGACUAACAAUAAGUUGGAGGAGCUACAUAAAUUCGUCUCUAACAUCGUAAUAGAUUACGUGCUGCGUCGAGCUCGUAAAAAGACGCCUCGCGUGUUCUGUAACAGGCCAAAGGGAAUUUUGGACGGUUUGGUAUAGGUGUCGGGUUACUAUUAGUACCAUUUAGUGUACGAUAUAGAAAACAGCGUCGUUGCCAUGUUCUUGGUAUGCACAUUUGCGGACGCUACUUUUACCAAGUGACGCUACUGGUUGUAUUUAUACCGUGGUUUGGUUAACAAAAGUAUCCGGGAAAUAAUAAUUUGGGUGGGAGGGGUGAAUCAAAAAAUUUGUUCUUGUUAAAAAAGCCUACAGGAUGGGUGGCGUUCGAUAGACACCGUCACGAAUCGAGGGUGAUAAAGAAACGGUAUCCGUCUGUCUUGGAAACGCGCGCCGCAGCCGACAAAGCAUUACGUCACUCGGGUUUUUUUUAUUUUUUCAUGUCAACAAAUGAUAUAUUUUUAGUGCCUAUAGUACUUAUAGUUUUACAGUACAUUUCUCGUUAGAUUUAAACAAUUACAAAUGAACAUUCCCCAACACUCAAAAGACGGAACUCUAAUGUUUUUCUCCUUUUGCAAGCUACCUUUCGCGCUCUCGUCGCGCUCGUGCUCGCACGCACACGCACACGCAUACAACGCACGCAAUCUCUCCUUCUUUCAUUCGAUCGUUUAUUUAUUUAUUUAUCUUUUUUUUUCUUCUUUUAUUAUAACUCCCAUUCUUUCGCCCUUAAAUUACAGAUUUAUUAAUUCAUUUAUUUCCUUCGCUCGCGUCUCGUGUGGCUCUCUCUCUGUGUGUGUGUGUGUGUGUGUGUGUGUGUGUGUGUGUGUG